GUAUAUCGUAGUAUAACAGUUCUAACAGCCCCGUCGGUCGGUUUCAGUCGUUUGUUGGUUACGACGAAUUUUCAUUUUAUAUCGAACAGUGCUGCAGUGACGACGAUAACGUCUCUGUGUUUAGUGCUUUUUGUUGGUAUCUCUCGCGGCGCACAAAGAAGGAAAAAAAAACUCAGUAUACACCCCAAAAAAUAUAUAAAACAAAUAACGAUAUAUUAAUUUAUAUAAAAAUAAUAAACAAUCGUAUAGAUUCGUUCGUUCGUUCGUUCAUGCCAUGAUGUUGUAUGCAGCAACUGCAAUGCGUCAAUUGUUGUUGUCGUUGUCGUUGUUGUUGUUGUACGUGUGGUAAAGUGUGAAACACCGACUACGAGUACGUCAAGUACGUACAGCACCCCCAAAAAGCAGCGGCAGCGGCAGCAACGGCGGCAGCAGCAAUGCAAAAAUAUGCCAUACAUGAAAGCAGCAGCAUGUACUAGCCGCAAAUACAAAAGUAAAGCAGAACAAAUCCAAUCAAAGCAAAAGUAAAGCAAAAUCAAAGCAAAGUCAAAAUAAAACUAAAAACAAAAAGUGCAAAGUCAAACACAAAGUUCAGUUAAAAUAAUAAUAACAACAACAACAACAACAGCUGCAACGAAAUCAACUAAAUGAAUUAAACAAAAGCACAACAAUAUAACGUGACAAAUAGCAAAACAUUUAAAAAUUAACAAAUAUUUACUAAAUAUGCAUAAUAUUAUAUUUUCUCUCUCCUUCUUCGUUUGUUCUUUGUCGAUAAUGCAUAAAAACUUGAAGCAAUAACAAUUUAACAAUAACAACACACGCACAUACUUCAUAUAACGGCAACUUAAGCUCCCGCUGCUGUGCCUAAGUGAGAACAUAACUUUAAAGAGAGAGAGAGUACGUGUGGGAGUAGCAGACUGAGAGAGAGUGUCAAAUGCUGAGCGCGCGCAAAGAUAAAACAUAGCAGCAGCAGCAGCAGAAUUAGCAGCAGAAGCAGCGACGUCGACAGCGACCGUUCUAAGGUUCGCAUAACUCGUAACGGCGCCGAGCGUGACACUUCGGCCACGCAUAACAGACAUUUUGUCGACUCCUCAAGGAGGAACGUGUGGUGCGGGCGUGUGCAAGUGAAAACGAAAUUGAAAUCGAAACUGUAAUUAAAGCUAAAAUUGAAUUGAAGCAAAACCAAAGCUCUCUCGCCAAAAACAAAUUGAACCAAAAUUCAAGCGUGUGAGUUGCUUGACCAACUAACGGCGCUGCAAAUAAAAGCAAUUGUAAAGAGCUCAACAGUUUUUUAACAGUUUUCUAAAAUGGUGGACACGAACAGCAAUGCGGCUGUUGCUGUGGGCAAUUCGGCGGCACGCCUGCGCAAAUUUGAGAGAACCGACAGCGAAUUGGCCUGCGAGGAGGCAGCGCGUCUCACAGCGGAGCAGAAUUACAACAGUCCCGAUGAUGAUAACGAGCUGCAGGACGACGACGACGAUGAGGGGGAUGAUGAGGAUGAGGUUAGCGUUUAUGGUGAAUUUCCGCCACCGCCGGACGGUGGCUAUGGCUGGGUCAUCUGCUUUGCCAGCUUCAUGUGCAACAUGAUCGUCGAUGGCAUCGCCUACACAUUUGGCCUAUUUCUGGAGGAGUUUGUCGCCUACUUUCACGAGGGCAAAGGCACCGUCGCCUGGGUGGGCAGUCUCCUAUCUGGCGUCUAUUUGAGUGCCGGUCCCAUUGUCUCGGCCCUGGCCAAUAAAUAUGGUUGUCGUGCCGUUUGUAUUGCGGGUAGCAUCAUUGCCUGCAUUGCCUUCGUCCUCAGCACGUUCAGUACGUCCGUGAGCAUGUUGAUGGCCACAUAUGGUUUCAUGGGCGGCUUUGGCUUUGGCAUGAUCUAUUUGCCAGCUGUCGUCGCCGUUGGCUACUACUUUGAGACGAAGCGUUCCCUGGCCACGGGCAUUGCCGUGUGUGGCUCGGGCUUUGGCACCUUUGCCUUUGCCCCGCUGGCCACCUACUUGCUGGAGGAGUUCGGCUGGAAGAAUGCUCUGCUCAUCUUUGCCGGUUUGAUACUCAAUUGUGCCAUCUUUGGUGCCAUGAUGCGUCCUCUAACCUAUCCCAAGAAGAAGAAGGUCAAGCCUCUGAUGCAGCGCAUGUACGAGGAGAAGCAAAUGCAGCUGGAACGCGGCUCCUUUGCGGGAUCUCAUUUUAUGGUGCAGUUGCCAGAUGGCACCAUGGAGCGUAAGCUGAAAAUACCCCUCAAUGCAGAUCCAGGCGUUCAUUCCAGCCUCAAUUUGGAGCUGCUGGCCCAGCAGUCUGGCGGCCUUCAUCCCGUCUCCACGCUGCCCACCAUCACCGAGUCCAAGGUGGUCGAAAUGAACGCUCAAUCGCCGCCAAAUAACGCCACAAAUGCCGAUAGCAAUGGACAAUUGUCAACACGUUCGGGUCGCCGAUCGCAUCGCAACUCGGAGAACGAGCACAGUCCUUACCAGUCGCAGGAUGCAAUGACCCGCAAUGCAUCGCAGCCGGCAUUCCUCGCUGGUGACCAUCAAAGUCUUCCCAAGAACGGUUCCGUGCCAUCGUUUAGCCGUGUUCGCAAAACCUCAGCCAGUGAACGCUAUCAGCCCUCAUUGGCCGCCAUUCGUGCCUCCUCCCGUGGCGACAUCGAGGCGGGAGCUGGCGGUGACUUCAGCACCUCCAAACUGUCGCUCUCACAGCGCCAGGGCAGCUCAAGCGGCAGCGCUGGACGCAUGGUUCGUCCCAUGUCCCGCAAGGAUAUUUUCUACUCUGGUUCAGUCACAAAUCUGCCUCAAUAUCAAUCACAAAAAUCGCUGACCAACUACCGCAACUCGGUGCUGUCGCUGACAAAGUAUGAGAAGAGCAUGCAGAGCAUGCGCCUGGAUCCGCUGGCGGAGGCGGAUAAGCAUCGAGAGGAGUACGAUCUGUGCCCAUGCCUGGGACUGCCCGAUUCGGUCAAGUCUGUGGUCAAUACCAUGCUGGAUGUCAGCCUGCUCAAAGAUCCAGUCUUUAUGCUCAUGGGAGUAUCGAAUAUCUUUGGCAUGGCUGGCUUGUAUGUACCGUUUGUCUACCUGGUGGAUGCGGCCAAGGAGCAUGGCAUUGAGAAGAAAGAUGCUGCCAUGUUGUUGUCCAUCAUCGGCAUCACCAACACCGUGGGACGUGUGGUAUGUGGCUGGGUUGCGGAUCUGCCACAAGUCAACUCGCUGCUGCUCAACAACAUUUGCCUGCUGAUCUCCACGGUGGCGGUGACAUUGACGCCACUUUGCUACAGCUAUGGCGCCUAUAUAGCCAUGUCGAUUGCCUUUGGCAUUGCCAUCUCGGGAUACAUCUCGCUAACGUCAAUUAUCCUGGUCGAUCUACUCGGACUGGACAAGCUCACAAAUGCCUUUGGCCUGCUCAUAUUGUUCAGAGGAUUUGCCGCAUUGAUUGGCACACCGCUGGCGGGCGCCGUCUAUGAUCUAACUAAAACCUAUGAUCUGCCCUUCUACAUGGCCGGUGGACUGUUUGCCAUCUCAACCGUCACUAGCUUCAUGGCGCCAUGCAUGAAACGCUUUAGCGGAUCGGAUGAGACGCCUGUGCAUGCGGAGACACUUACGCCCAUCGAUGAGGAGCAGGGCGAGGAUGCCGAGGAGGAGGAUGAGGAUCAACCAAUCACCAUUGUGCCCAAGAUCAUCAAAACUCUGCCCAGUCCACUGCAGGAGGAGUCACAACAACAGUUCCCCCCGCUUACACAACAACAGAAAUCAUCAACGACGACAACGGAAUCAAAGCUCUAAGCAUCAAGAAUUUACAAGAAAACCACAACAAAGUAAAGAGAAACUAUAAAUAUAAACAAUUCAACAAAAUAUAUGUAAAGUGAGGUUAGAGUGAAAAACAUGAGAGAGAAUGUGAGAGGGGUGCAUGAAUUAUAGUACAGAGAGCGAUAUUUUUCUAGCAACUUAUACAAAGGAGAGCCAAGUCGAAAUGGAUGAGAAGAACAGAGAGCAGAGGGAAGUAGAACAGCUUGAGGUCCAGGUCCAGGCAAAGCGAAAGUAUUGAAUAGAGCACACAAAGAAAACUAUAUACAAACAAAGCAAAACACAGCGCAUAUAUGUCUUAUAUAUUACUAUGUAUAACGAUGCCGAUGCCGAAACUAUGCCUAAGCAAACUAUUCAUACAAUUAAAUAUAUAUACAUAUAUAAUAUACACAAAAUUAUAUAUUAUAGAUUUGCUUUAAUAGCAAAAACUUGGCUUAGCUUCUCGAUAAGAUUGUAGCAGAAAUCUGCUGCCAUAUAGAAAUAAUAGCAAUUAUACUAUAUAUAUAUACACGCUCUGUAAACAACUUUGAUAAACUCUGAUUGAUAAAUAGUUUCAAGUGUUAUACAACAAUAGCAACAACUACAACUGCAACUACAGCUACAGCAACAGCAACUAUAUUGUAAAAUAUUUUUAUUAUUUGUUUGUUAAAUUUUACCAUUUUCAUUAAUUAUUAUUAUGUAUUUUAUGAUUAUUAUUAUUAUUGCUAAAUGUAUAUGUAUUACGAUAAACACUCGAUCUAUAUAAUUAUUAUACUAUAACUGUUGUUGUGCAUUCGUUGUUAUACGGCAAGUGUUAUAAAUGUGUCAUACGACCUAAUUGUAGUAGGAAAACCAAGUAGCGUUUAGCAACAAAAUAAAACAUGAUUGUAAACCUUUUUUGGUAGUAGUUAGUUAUAUUUUCGUAUGUAUUAAAUAAAAGAGAAAGAUGAAGGCAAAGCGAUAAUUAAAUUGUAACUUGUAGAGCAUGUAAGCGAAUUAAGAGAAGAGCAACAACUAUUACAAAUUAUAAUGUUAAACUAAUAAAUUUUAUAUUAAAAAACAAAAAUAGAAAACCUCAAAAAAAUAAAUACAAAACUAAAAUUGUUUUCAAUUUUAAACUAAUAAUUUAGCUGAAGGCAAUUUUAUGGCUCACAUUUUAUACACAAAUUAAUUAAUAAAUUAAACAAAAUAUAUAUAUUUCAGGCAAAAUCAUAACAAAACAAAUUUUUAAAGGCUUGUGCGUUUUGUUAUACACUACA